UUGCCUCUGACACCAGAGGAAGCUCCUGCCGAUGGGGAGGCGGUGAUCCCCUGCGCUCAAGGUCGCAUCGUUGUUGAAUCAGCAAGACCGGCACAGCCGCAUUUUGCAACAUGUUCAACAUACCGCAGACACAUGAUACAUUCGAAUGGAACAGCACCUGCCGGAGGAAUAUCCUUGCCUGGAGAUCAGGGAAGGGGUGCCAUCUCCAAGAAGGCGGUACCGCAGAGUCCAGCAUCAAGGCCUGAUGACCUAGGCGUAACGCCUUGGUACUUUGAUGACUAUUCAAUGGACGUGCCGCCAGGACCCGGCGAUCAGAGCUCGUACCCCUCGCAUUAUUACAACGGGAGAGAAAACAUCAGGCCGGAACUCGCUUCAACAAGAAACAGCAGUAUGGAGAACGAUCAAUCCAGACCGUCAUCGACCUUGCCCAGGAAAGCUUGUAUGGACAUUAGAGACGCCAUCGCUCUCUUGGACGAGACUUGCCCCAACCCAGAAGCCAGUCCUUCCCUCACGCCUCGAACUCCCAGAACACCCUUGACACCUUACCCUCGAAAUAAACGCGCCCGAUCAAAGAGCAGCGACAACUCAUCAAACUACAGCAACGAACGCCUAAGUGAAAGGUCUGUCGAUAACCCGAAAUCUCACGAAAAGGAGAAAAAGAGACCCUUUCUGAGAAAGAUCGGAAUUUCCAAAACGGAGGAUCGACCUUUCUUAUACAAAUUUACUCCAAAAAUCAUUGGCAAGCCCUACUUGGAAAAGAUUGGUCCUAGCAGAGCAGUGGAAAAACCCUUUUUGGAUCAGAUCGGUUCGUCCAAGACCUUGGACAAGUUCAUAUUUGAUACACCCAAGAUAGAGCGCAAGAAGGAAAAUAUGGUUCCGAUAUUCACAACAUGUCUGGAGAAACAAAAAGAGCUUGCGAUGUCACGUGGAGAGACCAAGAGCUUCCCUGAAAGAAGGCGCUCUGGCAAAGCUUACUUGUCCAAGAUGUACUCUUUUGAAACCGAAGACCUCGAUGAAUCCCUUCCUUUAAAGAAUCAUCGCGAUCCUGUUCGUGUAGCGUCCUUGAACGAUGUUCUAGAUGCAGGACCCAGCAGUAUGCCUCACAUCGAAAUUCCUUGUAGUCAAAAUAACACGAAGUUGAAACCCAUAUCUACCAGCGCAGUGGAACUCGUUAAGUGCAGAGUGACAACGAGCGAGGAGAUUGUUUCAUCCACCACGUGCCUAAGUUCUCCUGCAGAAACCACGAGCUGGGAGUACUCACCCAGGCGGAAGCACUGGACCAAGAUGAUCUCAUCGACACCGAAGAUGUUGGUUCGAAGGAGGCCGGAUGGUCCUGAUUCCAAAGACGGCAUUCGAAGCGAUGAUAGUACACCCAACUCCCCGACCAAGAGGACUAUUUCCUCAGUUUCUCCUGAACUCCGAACCUACAAACAGGCGGAAGUUGCAUUUAUUAAAAGCCUUGAGUUCUCGCCCUCGAAGACGAGACGCCAAGGAUCAGAGGACAUACUAGACAAAAAGAAUAAUACACAUGCCCAGAUUGAGAGGUGGGGUAUCUCUUCAGACAAUCUCAACAUUUCCAGGGAAACUGUCGCGUCAUACGAACCUUCAUCCUUUUCUCUAGGACCUCAAAGUGAAGCCAACUCUCUGGAAUCUUCUAAACUAGCCGAGAGUGUAGGUAAAGAGACUUUCAAGCAGCUGCAAGAGAAAUUCAAGUUGCAAGGAGUACCAAAUGAGACCUAUGCCGCCUUCAAACAGAGAACUAAAGGUCAAUUCCCAACAGCGGUUGGACUUCGUAGAGUUAUCGCCAGGGAAAAGAUGAUUUCGCCUACUUACGAUAUCAGCAAUUCUCUAAAAUCUGAAAAGAUGAGAAGUGAAUCUCCAAAAAGGACUUUGGUGUCUGAGAGGUGUAAGUUGUCUGAAGCUUCUGGGGCAUCUGAAGAAGAGGCUGAGCCCCCUCCUGAAGAUAGCUUAAGGCUCCGUGUUCGGAGAGGAACGAUGAGAUCGGUAUUGAGGAAGCAGGAUGGAGUGGAUCAUCUGAGUGAUCAGGAAUCCGAUACCAACGCUUCCUUAAAACGCACAAAGGGAAAGAUCCUCCAUGAACCUUCUCAGGAGACUAUGGACCUUCUGACUGAGUUGCGCAAGGUCAAAAGUCUUUUGAAGACUCCAUCCAUGGAAAAGGAUUUCGAUCUAGAGAAACUGAAAGACGUGACAAAGCUGCCAAAGAAGGUUUUAUUAACUGACAAGGAAUUCUGCCUCUCUUUUGAGAGAGAAAACAGUAUUCGUAUACCUUCAAAAGUGAAUACAGUUGCAGUUCCUGCUGAUCAGUUAGAACCAAAAACCGAAACCCAAGACAUUAAGAAACAGAAUCGAAAACCAGUGGCUGCUCUUUUUGAGAAAAGGUGUAUGUCCCUCGACUUUGUUGAUGAUGAGCGACCUCCAAAACCGGAACCCAGAACGAUUUCUCUAGCUUCGGGUAGAGUUCUUCUUUCCGAAACGGAAGAGGUUCUAGACUCCUCUGAACUCGCUUUGAAUGGCGACUCGAAAAGCAUCUAUUCCGAUGUCUUCAACACUCCUGACGAGCUAGAGGAAAAGGUGAACAGCAUCAGCGUUUUGGAAUCAGAGCCUAAACCGAAGCCCAAUCAUUGUCUCGAGGUGGAUGUUGGGAAUACUCUCGACCAAAAGGGAAGUCAAAAGAAGAAGUUGCAGCCUCAGGGUCGAACGAGUGAUGCCUAUGAGAUUAUAUCGCCCAGGACAACACCCUUCAGAAUGAAAAAACGUUUGGGGCGGAUUUCAGUAGAAGAUACGAUGAAGCAGGAGAGUUUUACUUUAAACAAAACGGACUGUAAGUCGGUCAUCGUACAGAAGAAAACCAAGUGCUUCCCCUUAUAA